AAUUCAACGAAUACAAAUCGCUGGCUUCUUAUUGGUCAACAUCCCUUGUCCGCCAAAGUUUGGAAAAGUCAGAAACGGAUCAACUUCACUAAAACAAAAUGGACGAGGAAAUUGACUCGAAAUACGAAUUUAAUGCCCCCAAAUUUAUUGACUUUUUACAAGGGGACGUAGAUGAAGAUGCAGAUAAAUGGUUUGAUGAACGAGAAGGUGAUGAAGGAGGCAUUGACAUCGACUUAGUACCGUACUACGAAAAAGCAUUGGGUGAUAAUGGAUUUAAAAAUGCAACUUCAGCCAUAACAGCUGCUUUAAAUAAUGAUCUUGAUGAGCCUAAGCCUGGAAGUCCUGAGGCAGCAUCAGAGCAUGCGCAAAUGGAGGAUAAAGAGGAAGCGAUGGAAUGUGACGAACCAAUGGAAGUACAAAACCAUUGUAAUAAGGAAGACAAUGUUAAAAUAGAAGACACUGGUGUACUUUUACCACCAGAUAAAAUUAAACAGGAAAGAAAAUCUAAUAUGCCUAAUACACAGUCUGUGGAAAAUGUUCAUGUGUUAAAUAUUAAGAAGGAGAGAGUUUCUCACAUGCCAGAGCCUGCGGAAGACAAGCAAGAGUCAGAAAAAAUGAUCCCUGAUAGUAAUAAGGAGAAUAACAAUAAAGAGGGUGUGGAACAAACUGGAAGCAGUGAUGAUGUUGAAAAGGAUACUAAGCCAGUUAAAGUUCCACCAAGAAAAUCAAAUAUAAGACGUUCUUGGAGCAGUCCUAGUAAUCCGCGUAAACAAUCUGCUCCCAAUAUCAGACGCUCACAACCGCCACGACAGAGUGCCAAAAAAAGCAUCAAUUAUUCCGACACAAAGAAGCGAAAGACCACAUUGUCUCAGGAAUCUAUGUUGUUUCCUAAGAAACCAAAGUUUGAUUAUGGGCCAACAAUGCCAAAUACCCCUUCCUUUGUCAGAAAACUUAGGGAAAGAGGUCAGAAGCGUGGCCAGUCCUCUGAAGCGAUCCAAUUAAAGAAAAUUCGAGAUCUUCAAAACCACACUAAAGAGCAGUUAAAACGUAAUCAUAAAAAUAUGAAACAAGCCAUCAAAGCAGGUUCAUACAUGCCUGUAAGAUGCAUGACUAACAUUACAAAGCCCAAAGAAUUCCAGUUUGCGACUGAUACUCGAGUCAAAGAGCAUACAAUGCAUACUCGAAGAGAUUCCCAGAAGCCCUUUGAAAAUCAACUGCGUAAACACCCACCGUCUCCUCCAGCAGGUAAGAAGGAAUCAACUAAGCCAAAACCAUUUCAUUUUGUACUGCCUGACAAAGGAGUUGCACCGAAGCAGAAAUGGGAGUCAAUGGCACAGUUUACAAUGAAUUUUCAAACAAAGACACCAGAGAGGUUCAGAAUGAAACCAAGAAAAGACGAAGAUAAUUGCAGCGUAGACGGCGAGAAAAAGAAAAGUCACAAAGUUCAAGUCACUGUGCCUAAAACUCCCUUGUUGAUGACUCGCACCAGAUCUCGUCCUGCCAAUGUUGAAAGUGCAGAAGAGCGAGAGAUAAAAGAAGCUGAAAGUGUCAAAAGUUACCAAUUCAAAGCAACUGAAUUCAAUCCUAAGAUUGUCGAGAUGCAGGGAAUGUAUGGUGUGAAGCAGGUACCUGAAGCAUCGACAACACAAGUGAAACCAUUCCACUUCGAACUGGAUUCGCGAACGGAUCAUAGGAAGCAGAAAGAAGAUGUGAAUAAGCCGGCAGAAAAAACAGCAACCGGGAAAGCCAAAAUAAACACUUCACUGCCGUCAAAAAUGGAUAAGCCAAAACGAACAGAGGUGAAGCCAUUUUCAUUUGAAAGUCGCGAUAAAGAACGUUAUCAAAAGAAAGAAGAAAAAAUCAAGGAGAUUAUGGAAGGCGAAAAAAAAUUACACGAAUUCCAUGCACGUCCUCUGCCCUCGUUUUCACCUGAGGUGUUACCUGCUCCGGCCACUAAACCUAUAACUGAACCACAACCGUUUCAUAUAUCAGUUGGAUCGACAGCUUAUCAACAAAAGCUGAAACAGAAGCUGGAAGCAGAAGCAGAAGAAGAGAGGGCUAAACGUCAAUUUAAAGCUCAAAAUGCUGACGUAGUCAAAAAUAAACCGUUUAAACCGCUUACUGGGCUAAUACCGCCGACUAGUCCGAACCAAGUUGUCAUGAACUCAGAUAUUCGCGCCAAAGAACGGGCAAAGUUCGAGGAGUGGAAGUCCGAGCAAAAUCGUCUCAUGGAAAUGGAGAAAAUGAGAAUACAAAAGGAAAAGGAACUAGAAGAAGAAAGGCAAUUGAAAUUAAUGCGAAAAGAGGCUGUUCCUAAGUCACACCCUGUUCGACGCUACAAACAUAUCGAGCUCCAGAAAAGCGAUAAACCGCUGACUACGCCACAGACGCCUAACUUCGAAUGCCAGAAGCGAGCUUUAACCAGGUUAUAACGACGCGCGAAAAGAAAGCGAAUUUGAUUUUAUGUUUUAAUCUUUAUAUAAGCUAACACUGCAUUUAUAAUAUUAAGGGAGGUUUUUGUAAAUAUAAUAUUCUUCCACUGGGAUUCAACAAACUACCUGCGGGCAUGCGCGCGUAACAGGCUUCCACGCGUCUUAGAAGCAGGAAAGUUGAACAACAAUCAGGAAAAAAGCCAACAUUCGAUCUAAGAAAACACAGGAAUCUUAAAGGUACGCUUCUCUUAACCACAAAAUUUUUUUCAUGCAAUAUGUCUAGCUAUUUCUAUCCUGUAGUAGUUUUCGUGUGUCAAGGUGUAUCUAUUAAGACUUACAUGUUCAUAACUGCAGCUGUCGUGCAGGUAUUGUAAAAGCAGAUUGAUGUUUAGGAAAAUGUUUGACGUGCAGCGGGCAUUCUUUAUAACUCGAUUUACAUAUGAUGUAUUCGUUGACUUUGUUGAUACGUUAACGCUGGCUUUGUUUUCAAGUCUACAGAGAUAGCCUUAGUCCCUACGCAUAAAUUUCAGGUAGCUUGAUAUACGGCACUUGAACGUUAACCCUGGAUAACCUUUUUUCUUUAUUAUGGCUACCAUUAUUUAAAAGAAAAAAUCGGCGCAUACUCGACAUAUGCCACCACACUACGUUAGUGGUAUCCUUUUCUGCAACGAUUAAUUUGUGAUUUAUAAAAUUAUUCCACGUGAUGUAUUAGUUUUUACUGUGUUUUGAAUAAACUGUAUUCUAUUACUCUAUGUAACGUGUGCCUAUAUUUCUUUAAUAAAAUUUCCAACGUUAAA